UUCCGAGAAAACUGACUGUCUAGAGUCGAAUUGGAUUUAUGAAUCAUUUCAGGUUUAAUUUUUCCGGCUAGUUUAGCUGUGUUAGCUAGCUGUCGUCACACCUUGUCAUGACACUAGCGGUUUUAACUAGAACACUUAGCUAGCUAACUAUUGAUAUGUAGGCUACUUUACUAGUAAUAUUUAAUGUCGUAAACUAAGUUUGGCUUUUCUUAUAAUGACACGUCCUGAAGCAUCUUGUUAGCUGUGUGUAUGGUCGAGUUUGAACAUUUAUCUGGUUAGGUUAACGUGUAAGCCAAUUAUAGGCGGGGAUGUUCAUUUAGCCGGCUGAUUGCUGAGGUCACAUCAAAUCACUGACCCUUCCAGCUGGUUACUCUGACACCCUGUCACCGGGACCUACUUCAUUAUAUUAUAAGUGGAACUGCUGCUGAUCGGAAGUUUCUCCCAAUCACAAUGCCUGGUUCUCUCCCUGCGAGCUAUUCGGCCACUUGGCCCAAAGAUGUGGGCAUCGUUGCUAUGGAGGUCUACAUUCCCUCCCAGUAUGUAGACCAGGCAGAACUGGAGGAGUUUGACGGUGUAGGAGCAGGGAAGUACACCAUUGGUCUCGGGCAAGCGCGAAUGGGUUUCUGUUCAGACCGGGAGGACAUUAACUCUCUGUGUUUGACCGUGGUGCAGCGGCUUAUGGAGAGGAACUGCUUGUCAUAUGACAGCGUGGGAAGACUCGAGGUGGGCACGGAGACCAUCAUCGACAAGUCAAAGUCGGUGAAGACAGUAUUAAUGCAGCUGUUUGAGGAAUCGGGAAAUACAGAUGUGGAGGGAAUCGACACGACUAAUGCCUGCUAUGGAGGCACCGCUGCUCUUUUUAAUGCUGUCAACUGGGUAGAGUCCAGCUCCUGGGACGGUCGUUACGCUCUGGUUGUGGCUGGAGAUAUCGCAGUGUAUGCCACGGGCAGUGCCAGGCCUACAGGAGGUGCUGGAGCAGUGGCCAUGUUGGUAGGGCCUAAUGCACCUCUGGCAUUUGAUAGAGGUCUACGAGGGACCCAUAUGCAGCAUGCGUAUGAUUUUUAUAAGCCUGAUAUGGUGUCAGAGUAUCCUGUAGUGGAUGGCAAGCUUUCCAUCCAGUGCUACCUCAGUGCAUUGGACAGAUGUUACUCUGUCUACCGCAAUAAAAUUCAGGCCCAAUGGCAAAGAGAGGGCAUUGAGAGAAAUUUUAGUCUGAAUGACUUUGGCUACAUGGUCUUCCACUCACCCUAUUGUAAACUGGUUCAGAAGUCUCUAGCUCGACUCCUGCUGAACGACUUCCUGUCUCAUCCCAACCCCAACAUGGAGAGUGGGCCGUUCAGAGGCCUGGAGGCCUUCAGAGACGUGAAGGCCGAGGACACGUACUUUGACCGUGAUGUGGAGAAGGCCUUCAUGAAAGCCAGUGCAGAGAUGUUUGAGCAGAAAACCAAGGCCUCUCUGCUCAUAUCCAACCAGAAUGGCAACAUGUACACACCAUCUGUGUACGGCUGUCUGGCUUCCAUUCUAGCCCAAUUUACACCUCAGCAGCUGGCAGGUCAGAGAAUUGGCUUGUUCUCAUACGGAUCAGGCUUCGCUGCCACACUUUACUCGAUCAGGGUGACACAAGAUGCUACACCUGGCUCUACGCUAGAUAAACUGGUUUCCAGUCUGUCAGAUUUGCAGGCCCGACUGGACUCCAGGAAGAAAGUUCCACCUGCUGUCUUUGCAGACAACAUGAAGCUUAGAGAGGAGACCCAUCACUUAGCAAACUACGUCCCUCAGGGUUCAGUGGACGAGCUGUUUCCAGGAACAUGGUAUCUAACGCGUGUGGAUGAGAAAUAUCGCAGGUAUUACGCUAGACAUUCUCUGGAUGAACAUGGACCUCUGGAGGCAGGACUUCUAAAUUCCGUGACCGCAUCUGAGCACAUCCCCAGCCCGGUGAAGAAGAUGCCCCGCAUCCCAGCCACAACUGCAGCCCCUGAGGCAGUAACCAUUACUAAUGGUGAACACUGACAUUAACCUAAGUGAGGUUACUCAUACUUUUGGUGACAAAAACGGACACAUGAGCUGGACAAAAAAGAAAAGAGGUCAAGGCAGAGCUUUCUGUCUGAAAUAUUUAUGAACAAUGAUAGAUGUAUUUUAAGUGUUCCUGGUUAGGACUGGUUAUUCUGUCACUGUUGAAGCUGUUCUUAGUUAGAAGUUGGUGGGGUAAGAGAAUGGGGGAAAGUGGGUAGUACCAUCAUAUCAAAUAUGGACAUGCUUUCUCCAAGAAAUGAGCACAAUGUGGCAAACUCGACAGAUCUGCUGCUCUGAACCCAUGAUCUAUGCACAGACAAAGGGGAAUGUUUUCAAAUAAUCCUCAGUCUGAUUUAAUAUCAGGUUUUUUUAAGAUCUCUUGUUUGUGUUUGUGAAAUGUUUGAGGGGGAGAUAGUAAGAAUCUCAGACCCAGCUGUGGGAGUAAAGGGAUAUUAGCCUUUUAAUUUUUUCUAAUGCUGUUUGUCAGUAUGGAUGCACAUGUAGAGGUUUGAUUUGUUUUUUUGUGCUUUUUAUAAUUAUUUUUACUAGCCCAUAAGCUUAGUCCAUUGUGUCACCAUGACCACUGUCAUAUUAGUACAGCUGAGUCAGCUUGCCCUCCAAAAAACAUCUUCUCCACAGUUAUAGUCUUUGCCAUCUGGAGAUCGCCCUUAUUAAAUGAUUGCUACCAACCUGGGAGGCUGCUUCCUCUGUCACCACAUCUUUCUCUACGGGGUAGUAAUGUGCAUGUAAAAGCACACUAACCUGAUAAGGCGAUGUUGGUCCAGCAUUGUACCCAGUGACACAUCCUUCAUAUCUUACUCCACCGUUAAAGAGAAGCCUUUAAUGACUUAACGUAAUGUUAAAAUAUUUUGGGUGGUGCAUUCUGAUUGAGAGACCUAGUCAAUUUUGCUGCAAGAUUGUGAUAUGUGACCAAGUAAAAACACUACCUGUUCUGUAUUUAUGUAAAUUUAGCCUUUAAGUGACAGACAGUCGCUGCCAUAGGGUCAGCUGUAUCUGUAAAGAGGCAGCACUUAUGUUACAUGAACUGAGGAUAAAUUUGGCUCGGAUUGAGAUUAGAGUAAAAUAGUCUAUUAUUACUGAUCACCAGAGUAUAACAAAGUAAUAUAAGUUGUUUAAUAGACGUAACCGCACUGUUUGUUUUUAACACAGAUGGGACCACUAAAGCAGGAAAGGAUUAAGGGAAAGACAGAAGGACUCAACAUUUAUAAAUCGGGCUCAGUGAAGCUUUUAGCACAGUUAUGAUGAGACAGAUCUUGAGAAACUCAUACUUUAUUUCAUCUUUAAUGUGUUCUGGGUGUGUGUAGUCUCUGUUCUGUCUGUUCUUGAGUCCCUUGCCUUUGGUUUAAAUUUAAAUGGCUUACAAAAUAUCCUUUGCCCCAUAGUGUGUCUGGGAUCAUUCUAAUACUGCAGGCAGGUUUUUAUUUAAUGAAACUCAAUGUUGAAAGAGAACUUGUUUUCAGUGCAUACUAGGGCCUGACAGAUAAUGUCAUAAUGCACUUUCAAGAGUUUCUUUAAACCGUGUGGCAUCGCGUUCAUAAGUGCAGUUUCUCUGUAGAGCAUUAUCAGCAUGACUUUUAUAGAUAACUCUGUGGAAUGCCGUUGAUGGUGGCGAUCAGUCUGGCCCUGGCUUGCCCAACAGUGUCAUUUUUCUCUUUUUUAAUUGGCUCAGUAAUAAAAAUCUAAAAUGCCAAUCCUUCAGACUGAUUAGAAUAACUUUUGACAUUUGCAUUUCAUUGAGAAGAUUUUACUGUGUGGAAAUUGUGUGGUGUCAUUCAAAGUGUUUAGAGAAAACACAGAAAAAUCUGGAUGAUGUCAAAAUCAGCUAAAUGUACUCUCAUUUCUUUUCCUUUUUUUUUUU